AUGGUCCACGCAGCCUUCAUGUAUCUUCUGCUAGCCUGUUCCUUCUUUGGGGUUGUACUUUCUCAAGAUCAACAGAUUCAAUGCGCCAAAGGACUCCAAGUCUUCAUUUCCAGAGGUACCAACGAGACUUUAGGUCCAGGUGUAUCAGGCGCACUGGGUGAGAUCCUCAGGGAAAGAAUUCCGGACACACAGGUACAUCCUGUUCCGUAUCCCGCGUCUUUUUUAAAUCCCGACUACUUCACAUCCGUUCUAAAUGGAACUCUACUUCUGCGAGAAAUGAUUACCCGAUAUACCAAAGUAUGCCCUGAGUCGAAGAUCGCCUUGCUUGGAUACUCUCAGGGUGCGCAGAUCACAAGUAAUAAUUUGUGCGGAACUCCUCCUGUUUGGUUGGCAGGGAAUCCCUCGCUUGCUCCGCUGCCAAAAAGCAUCAUCGAGAACCACAGUAAUAUGAAUCCAGUUCUUCAACCAAGAUCUGAAACGAAAUUGACAGUACUUUUAGUCGUGGCUGUUGUCUUGUUUGGCGACCCUACCUUUCGUUCCGAUGACAGCUUUGCGAGAGGGACUGCACAGGGGAGCGGUAUGUUUUUCAGAGGUAAUCACAAAGCCUGCAACGCUGUCGGCGACCACAUUGCCUCCUACUGUGAUGCUGGCGACCCAAUUUGCGAUGUCGAGUCGGAGGUCACAGAAACUAACAUGCACGUCACGUAUCUUGAGAGAUAUCUCGAAGAGUCUGCUGAGUGGGUAGUGGAGCGAUUCAGCAAAGGUUCAAGCGAAAGUCCCAGUCCAGGAGGGAAUAACGCAACAACAUCGGCUGUGGUGGUUCCGAGCACUUUGCCAACUGAACAGUCCAACGCUGCCCGUGAAGUGACGUCCCUUUUGACUGUCUACAUACCAGCACUCAUGGUUGCUGUUGUCAUGAGCUAG